GUGACAAUCUGCAUCUGACAUAGGCGUGCGCAGAUUAUACUUCAGUCCCGGGUGAGUCAAGUGUGAUAAAUUGUGAUUUUUUUUUUGGAAAAUCAAGAAAAAUUUUCUGAAGAGGACAUUUCAAGUGUGUUGAGAGGUAUUAUGGAAAAGCGGGAGAUAUCAGAACUACCUCCAUCAUACACUGAAGUGAUGCAGACAUCAACGACGGUUACCAGUCAGCCAGUUCCAAUGGGACCACCCCCAACGGGACCUCCGCAGUACUAUCCGAUCCUACCGACUGCACCCCCUGUGAAUACCAUGAGCUACGGAACUACCGCGGAGACCCUUCCAGCAACAACAACGUCAACAACUAUCAAUAUCCCUCCGCAGAUAAUUGUUGUUGGAGGAUGCCCUGUCUGCCGGAUUGGUACAUUGGAAGAAGAUUACACAUGCUGUGGUAUUUGUUGUGCCAUUUUCCUAUUUCCCAUCGGCAUCCUUUGCUGCUUAUGCAUGAAAAAUAAGCGAUGCAGAAAUUGUGGUGCUCAAUUUUAAUUAGCCUGUCUAUCUCGAGAGAAAGGAUAUCUCACAAACAAACAAAAAAAAUCAUCCAGAGAGAGAUAUGAGAAUCAGGCGAACGGAGGAUUCCAAAUGAAUUGCUCAAAACAAUUCCAUACCCAUUUUCUUUAUCCCUGCUUUAUAUUUCAAACCACCAAAAAAAAAACAUUUAUACACCAAAAAUAGAAAAAAAAAUCUUAUAUACUUUGUGACGUAUAUAAACCAAAGUAUUCUUUAUCUCAGAAUCACGAUUAUCUCAAAUUGGAUUAAUUUACCAAGUUACACGUGUCCAAAAACAGAUUUAUAUGAAUAAAUCCAAUGACACUGUGAAAAUCUAAUUUUAAAACCGAAUUUAAAAAAAAAAAGUAAAACAUAAUAAUCUCAAUAUUAAAAAAACAAAGACCAACUCGUGAACAAGGUUAAAAAUUAGCUAUUAUACCCCGUGAAAAUUGUUCAGCAAAAAAAAACAGCAUCGAUUAAUCAGAGAAAAAAUUGAAUAUGUAAUGGGAACCACGUGAAAAUCACCAUGUAUCUCUUUUCAAAGUCACUCAACUUUUUUUUUCUCCAAUAACUCCCUCCUCCUACAUCACCGUAGAAAUCCCCAUCAUUUCUCCAUGGCUCCAUUUGGCGCCUUUUUUUUUACUACUACGUUCGAUAUGGCAGAAGCUGAAAUUAGCAUGAAUGCAAGUGAAUUGUUUGGCAAGUCAUAAAAAAGUCCCCACAGACGAAAAACCGGCUUCUAUAUGUACAUAAUUCAGUGGUUUAUAUUGUCAGUUAUUGCGAUGCCAAAGAUCGCUGUGUCAUGAAAAUAAACCGUAUGAUUAAGACUGAGAACAGAGUUGAUGUGAUGAAAAAUCUUGCAAAGAUUGCAGAAGAAAAACAAAGCCCUUCAAAUCUCCUUCAAUUUAUCAAAUAAGAUAUGGCAUUUCACGAGUUAUGUUUUUUUUUUUUACAAAGUCUAUUAGGAUAAAAAGAAAUGAGAGGCUGUUACAUUAAAUGUUCCAGCAGUUUCCUCAAGAUUGUUACCAAUGAAAAGACUUGUUUUCCAAAUUAAAAUUUAAGAGAUAAGAUUUUGAAUGCAUCUCAAUAUAAAUGUAUUUUUGAUUUGAAAUAUGAAAUAAAAAUAUAUUUUUUCAAAAAAA